CCUGUCCGUCAGUCUGUCUGUGUGUCCCGUAGCUGUCCCAACAUCUGUUGUUAUCCCCCCCCACACACACUCACUCACUCACACACACACACACACACAGAGAGAGAGAGUCAGUGGCUGGGCCGUUGAGCAGAGGAACACCAGGCUCGGCUUCACUCGCUGUGGAGGAAUCUUUGCUCGGUAUGAUCGCAGCACGAACGCGGCUAUAACACGGUGAACGGCAGACGAUGGCUUCGGUGCGGAUGGUCGGUAAAGUUACGGCGAGACUUUGUGGAAGUCUUCAGCCUCUUCGCCGCGGUUUCCCCGCCACCGCUCGUCCCGCGACGUCUCUACACCAGGUUCAGCAGAGGUUGCCCCUACUUGGAAACUGCCAAGCACUUUUCUACGCUACACUCCCGCCCUCCAGUGCAGACGUGUUUCUGAAGUUCAAAUAUGGCCGCCUGGUCCUGGAAGUCCCGCUGCCGUCUCGGAAUGAGAAGUGCGUGUUCUUCCUCCGGCCGAUGCUGAUGAGCGUCGGAGACCUGAUCGCAGAUCUGCAGAAAGAGGAUCCCGGAGCCACUGCUUCUGUGUUCUCCAAGGACGGAGAGCGCGUCGCCAGCACCACGCUCAUCGACGCUCUGCUGGACAAGGACUUUCAGCUGGUCAUCAACGAUACCGUCUAUGACGUUCAGCCGCCGGAGACGGCGUGCACGUCCAGUGAGCACGUCAUGGAGCUGGAGGACAUGAAGCAUGUGGUGCAUCUGCUGCACACGGCGUUGCACACGCCUGAAUAUCACAUGCUGAAGGAGCGGGAGCUGCUGGAGAAACUGGACAACCUCAAACAAGAACUAUCGCCACUAGAGAAGAUGAAGGCACAGCUGUCACGUACAGCAGAGUUCAAAACCUCCAGGGUUCUCUGGGCUGGCAUGGCCCUGUUAUCGGUGCAGGGAGGUGCUCUGGCCUGGCUCACCUGGUGGGUCUACUCGUGGGAUGUAAUGGAGCCCGUUACAUACUUCAUCACCUACGCCACCAGCAUAGGAGCCUUCUCCUACUAUGUCCUUACGAAACAGGAUUAUGUUUACCCGGAGGCGAAAGACAGACAGUUCCUGCAUUACAUGUAUAAGGGGGCCAGCAAGAAAAAGUUCAGUGUGAAACGAUACAACGAACUGAAGGAUCAACUGGCUCAGGUGGAGGACGACCUGAGACGUCUGAAAUACCCGACUCAAAUGCAGCUGCCGCUCGAGCAGAUCCAGCUAAAGCCAUGAACACUGACGCCGAGCCCCAAAGAGUCGUCGCCCACACUUUCCACUCGAAGGAGCAAAAAAAAAACGAGUCCUGCUUUAUUUUGAUAACGGCCCAUUUUUACAAGGAAUCCAUAUCACUCCGUCUUCUAUUUAGUAUGUUGAGAAUGUUGCCAAUGACACGCAUAUAUCUUAAAUACAAACACCAUGGACUGUUCAAAUCAAAAGUAUUGAUCUGCAUGACAUGUAGAUAACAUUAACCCUGUGUUAUUUUCAUUUGAGAGGAUGGAGAUUUGCAAAUAUAUUGUUGCACACAAGUGAAAUAAAACCAGAUUAUACACUU